AUGAUGCUACGUCGAAGCACUGCCAGCAGAGCUGCCUCGACGGCUCGUCGCUUCAGCGCCUCUCCUGGCGCGUGCGCAGACGACGACAGGCCAGGCGGCGCGGCGGGCGACUCCGCAGGAAACGAGGAAGAAGAAGCGGGCGAGCGGCGACCGGGAGAAGACGAGCAAGGUGCGCGGGGCGCAGACGCGGCCGAGAGCUCCGGAGGCGAGGACGCGCUCAAACCCUUCUCCGGCGAAGCCAGCGAAGGCUCUGGAAGGCAAGAAGAGCCCGACGAGAGAAGAGAAGGAGACGAAGAGAGAGACGGGGCGGAAGAAGGGAAGGGUGAAACGGAGGAAGACUGUGGAAGGCUUUCUCUCUCGUGCGACUCAACAGAGGACUUCAGCCGCGUUUCUUCUCCCUCGGAAGCCUCGUCAUCUUCGGGCCUGUCCUUCUCGCAGAGAGCGUCCUCGAGCCGCACGGGAAAAAAAGAGAGGCUCCGCCUUCUCCCUUCCCCCUCAUCGUCGCUCGACGCGUUUUCCGCGUCUUCCUCCUCAGUUAAUUCUGCACAGUCUGCCGUGCUGCACGAACUGCGAGGCUUCGAAGACGGCGUCGGAGGCGCAGAAAAAUGCUCCCCUGAUGAGCUCUCCGUCGCCGCGAACCCCAAAGAGGCAGAAGAAGAGGAAGAAGAAGCAGAGGAGGAACAAGAAGAGGAGGAAGACGACGAAGAAGAAGAGGAGGAAGAAGAGGAAGAAGAAGAAGAAGAAGAAGAGGAAGAAGAGGAAGAAGAGGAAGAAGAAGAAAAAGAAGAAGAGGAAGAGGGAGGAGGAGAGGGAGGAGUCACUGCAACAUUUCCUUCUCUCCAUUUCUCGCGCCUCUUGGCGCCCAUCCCGCUUCCUUCCCCUUCUGGCUGCACUCCUUUUACUCCGGUCGUCUCGGGCGACUUCUCUUCUCUGUUGAUUCCCCAUCUCUCUUGGUCAUCUUCUUCUUCUCUCUAUCGCGCUUCUCCCUCUUCUCCCGCUUCUCCCUCUUCUCCCUCUUCUCCCGCUUCUCCCGCUUCUCCCUCUCUUUCUUCUCUUGCUUCUUCCCUUGCUUCGUCUCCGUCUUCUUCUCUUGGUUCUCAAUCCUUCCUGCCGGCGUGCUCUGGUGUGCAGCCGCAGGGGGAGCCGCUGGCGUCUCUCUCGCCGCCGUCGGCCUCGUCCCCCUGUUUCAAACUCUACAUUCGAGGCGUGAGUCGAAGCGAAGAUCCUUCGUCGCUCCGUGAGCGAUUCGCCGCCUUUGGAGGCAUUUCCGAUUUUCAGUUCCGCGGCGGCUACGCCUUUGUGACGUUCGCCGCAAAAUCGGCCGCAGAGGCUGCGCGCGCGGCGCUCCAUGGGUCGGUCAGCGGCUGCCGAGAGAAGAAGAAACUGGACAUUCACUGGGCCAAGACCUCGAGUGAGGCGCACGCACAGACAGGGGAAACCCGCCGCAAAGGGCCGGAACCCUGCGAGACAGAAGAAGACGAAGCAAAAGGGAAGGAAGGAAGAGAAAAAGAGGAAAAGGAGGAAAGAGAAAGAGAGAACAAAGAAUACGGCCGCAAAGUGCACGCGAGCGAGGAGAGAGACGAACGAGAAAGGAACGGAGAAGGAUUCCCGGCGGUGAGAGGUGGAGAGCGAGGCAUGAGAGAAAGAGAAGGGACGGAGGGAGAGACGCGUGAACCCAGCGCAGGGAGAGGCCAAGGAGAAAACGCCGAGAGCGAGCGCAGAGGAACGCAGGAGACGCCAGGACGAGCGGCCGCCGAGGAAACUGAGCCCCGGGAGAAACGUGGGCGAGGCACGACGGUGCGAGAAAACGUGUCACGUGGCGGUGUGAAACGGUCGCCGGAGAGUCCGACGAGGCCGACCCCCGAAACGAAACUGCAGGAAACGGCGGAAGAGAGGCACGUGCUGAUGAGGCGUCUGAAGUACGUCACCAAGUUUGUUCGACUUCUUCAUGGCCAAGACAAACUGCUCGAGUUCCUGAGAAUUGUCUCACGUGGCGACGGAACUGCCGUCUUAAAGGAAAUCUCUGAAUCCUUCGCCGCCGUCUCAGCUACGUUGGAGGCCUGCAAGACGUGUCUCGGCGAGGAUUUUCGGAAGCUGCGCACGCGCGUCUUCAUUCCCGGUGACGGCAAAGUGCCGAGAACGGCCGCGUCACUCUGCAUCCAAACGCCUGCAAGUUGGAAGUGUACAUCCAUCGACCCUCGCAUGCUCGGCGAGGGACAGGAAGCCGCGUUCUACGGGGCGCACGUCGCUGCUCGAAUUCGCUGUUUCCGCUCGCUGUCUCAAGACUUCGCGCUUCGUCUCCCCGCGACGCCCGCUCCUGGCUCAGGUUCGGGGACUCCGGUUUCGUUGGUCCGUGCGGAGAAAGAAGAAGGGGUGGCGAAGGAAGAAGACUCCGAAGAAGUCGACCUGUGUGUUCUGAUGGCAGUUCACUCGCACGCGCCGCUGCAAGAGUUUUUCGAGCGCAUGCAGCGAGCGUAUGCGCGGCGCUCGCGCUGUGGUUUUCUCUGCGUCUCCCUGCCUUGCUGCGGCUCGGAAGGCUUUCUGGCCCAGGCUCCGGUCCUGCGCUUCGAAGACCCUGCCGUGCUCUCCGAGUGUCGCGAGGUUCUCGUCUACUUUUCCCCCAGUCAAGCAACGGAACUUUCUCUUUAA